AUGACUUCCGAACCCAAUAUCUUUUUCUUUUCAAUCUCCAAGGAAGACUUUAGCAGAGGACGCAAGGGUGAGCUCAUUGAUCAAGACACAAAGUGGUGGAAUUCCAAUUUAAUCACAGAGGUUUUUCGUGAAGAGGAUGCACGUGUUAUAUGCCAAAUUCCUCUAAGCCCAACACAACAAAAGGACUUAUUAAUUUUGAGGUGUAUGUCGAAUGAGGAUUUUUUAGUUAGGAGCGUGUAUCAUAUGGAAAAGGAAUUGCAGUCCUUGCAACGUAGUGGGGGAUUCAGGCAACGCGAUGGGGAUACAGUUUGGAAGGCAAUUUGGAAUUUCAAAAUUCUAAAUGCGGUUAAAAUGUUCAUGUGGAGAGCGUGCAACAACCUUCUACCUAUGAAAAUGAAUUUAUUACCACGAGGCCUAGUUCAUGAUGUACAAUGUGCUAUUUUUGGGAGGGAUGAAGAAAUGGUAAAACAUAUUCUAUGGAGUUGUCCCUCCACACAAGAUAUUUGGGGAUGUGACCCAAAAAAACUACAAAAAGGUUUUGGCGAUGGACUUACAUUUUCUCAAGUGGUCGAGGAGGUGUUGAGACGCUGUGAGUUGGUUGACGUUGAGCUCAUGGCAAUGGUGGCUCGAAAAAUAUGGUUUAGAAGGAACGAUGUUGUGCAUGGUUGCAAUUUCACUCAUCCUUACCAAGUUUUUCGAGAAGUAAGCAACUCUCUUGAUGAAUUUAUAAGGGUUAACAAACAAGAGCCAGAUGCAUGGAGUCCUAUCCAAGAAGUAUCACCAACACUCUUGGAAAAAGCCCCCCAUAGGUAUGGUUAA